UGUCGGGACGGGGGCGUCGUGCUCUCCUCUCUCUCUGCCUCCGCGUGUCCGUGUCGUGGGGGGGUUUGUGUGAGGAGUUGAGAGGCGGAGUGCAGCCGCAGUGCAGCAGGAGUGUAGUAGUGGAGGGUGGAGAGACAGAGGAGGGAGGAGGAGGGGGGCAACAAGCCGCGCUGUUUUCACAUCAGAUCAGAUUUUAAUCACAGUCUGGGGCAGUUAACGCGUUUCCCUCGUGUGUGCUGCGUUCGUGCGCGUGCCUGCUUGUUUUCCGUGGGGUGGUCUCGCGCGUGCAGCCUGCACGCAGCCUCCACGCUCUUUGUUUUCCUCUGCCAGGUUAUAACCGUGAGGAGCAGCUCUUCCUCCUCCUCCUCCUCCUCCUCCUCCUCCUCCUGCUACUCCUCCUCCUGCCCCCCCCCCACACACACAUAUGCACCCUCAGUUUGUAAGAAGUCCAUGCAUCUGAACCACGGGCUCAUUUACAUCCAUUGUCCUCCUCCACCGCCUCCUCCUCCUCCUCCUCCUCCUGCUUCUCCUCCUCCUCCUCCUCCUGCUGCAGCCCUGUUCCGGCCAAUGCCCGCUGCGCUACAGCAUGACCACAGCAGUGUCUGCUCAUCUGGUAGUUCUGGCAAAUGAAAAUGGAGGAGGUUUCAAUGUCCAGCCUGGACAACAGCAAGCUGGAGGCCCUCGCCCAGGACAUCCUGUCUGACCUGGUGGAGGACGCCUGCCUGGGUCUCUGCUUCGAGGUCCACCGGGCUGUUAAGCAGGGCUAUUUCUUCCUGGACGACACGGACCAAGAGAGCAUGAGGGACUUUGAAAUUGUGGACCAGCCGGGGCUGGACGUGUUCGGCCAGGUGUACAACCAGUGGAAGAACAAAGAGUGCGUUUGUCCCAGCUGCAGCCGGAGCAUCGCCGCCUCGCGCUUCGCCCCCCACCUGGAGAAAUGUCUGGGGAUGGGACGCAACAGCAGCCGCAUCGCAAACCGCAGAAUAGUCACCGGCAACAACACCAACAACAAGUCGGAGAGCGACCAAGAAGACAACGACGACGUCAACGACAAUGACUGGUCGUAUGGUGCUGAAAAGAAAGCCAAGAAAAGGAAAUCUGACAAGAAUCCAAACUCACCAAGAAGAUCCAAAUCAUUCAAGCAUAAGAGCAGUAUGAUGGGUCCUAGACGUCGUAUGGAAAACCAGGAGAGCCCGCGCAUGCUGAUGAAAGAUGAGGCGUUUUCCCAAUAACAUUCUCGCCGCACAACCUCUCACCUUCACCACCACCACCUUCACCACCACCACCACCACCGCUGCUGCUGUUGUUGUUGUUGUUGUGUGUGAGCGUGAAGGCACACAUGCAGGACGACUGAUAACACUUCACCUUUGGUUCUUUGUGUCGUGAAAAUCGAUGGACGUUGGUGUUGCAGGUCAAACUCUGCAGAAAUCCCACCGUAUACUUGACAGAUUUUUUUUUUUUUUUUUUUAAUUUACAAAAUCAUCGUACCAACACUCACUUUUUUUAUUUUAUUUUUUUUUGCUUAGUUGGUUUUCAGUUGAAAAUAAUGAACAUUUGAUGUGAUGCAGCGGCGGAGCAGAGGCAGCCGUGUGAAGAGUGACUGAUCUUCUAUUUCCUCACAUUUUAGAACCUUUUGAGAAUAAAAAAAAAAAAAAAGGAAUAAUAAUGUCAAAGACAAUCAUCGCUAAUGGUUCGUCUUUUAUUUUUCACUUUCACCGUCAGGCUCAUAGUUCUCCGGCUGAAUCACAACACAAAUAGCAGCUCUGUUUGUUGUCGUUCACCUGUGGAAACGUCUUUUUUUUUUUUAAAUGUUCUGUACACGAAGCCCUCGGUUGUACAAGCAGCAGGGGUUUGAAUCAGAAAGCAGGUUUCUGUUGUUUGUUUCUCGUUUGUUUUUUAAUCGAUCUGCUUGUUUUCUAGCAUUCAGACAUGUCUUGGUAUCAUGUGUUUACAUUGUAAAGGGUUACAUACAGUAUGUCCUUGGUGUGAUGUGGUAGUGUAAAUAUUCCAAUAGUUGAAUUGCUGCUAUCAUGGCUCAGUUUGUAUCAUCUGUUUAGCGUAAUAAAUAAUUUGUUACCUGU